AGGCAGCUGUCACUUCCUCUCAACAAAUUGAAAAAAAAGAAAACAAAACCCAAAAGGCAACGUGUGAUAAUCAACGAAAAUUUAAAAUCACGUGCAAAAUAAAGUAAAAUUAAUUUUCAUUUUCUCGUUAAUUGAAUUUUUUUAUUUUUUCUUUUCUUUUUCCUUCUUUUUUUUCUUACCACACACGCGAUUCAGUGACAGGAGGAAAAGUCAUCAGCCAAUAGAGGGUGGGACCUUCCAAACGGGGAAUUUACACGAAUCGUUUGCAAUCAUUUUUUUCGACGUGUGUUAAUUUCGAGAAUAAAAAAAGAAAGAAGAAGGGGGUGUACAUUUCACAAUGUACUCGUGUAUUGUUAUUGCAAUUUAAGAGGCCCUGACAAAGGGUGUGGUGUAAUUUUGGAGAACACAUUCAUCACGCGCCUGAAAGCGCGAUUUUCAAUGCAGACCUUACGGAGAAAGAACAGUCCCUGCAAGUUUAAAAAUGAGCCGACGAGAUUUUUGGGCGAGGGUGUGUCGUUCAAGGCAAAGUUGAUUGGAAUAUUAGAAGUGUCGGAAGCACGCGGGGAUCGAAUGUGUCAGGCUGCAUUGGCUGAUUUAAAAAUGGCAAUUCGAGCCGCUGGUGAACAUAAACAACGAAUCACUGUCCAAAUUAGCAUCGAUGGUCUACGAUUACGCGACGAAAAGACUGGAGACUGUCAGUACCACCAUCCAGUGCACAAAAUAUCUUUCAUUGCUCAAGAUAUGAGCGAUUCCAGAGCUUUUGGAUACAUUUUUGGAUCUCCCGACAUGGGACACAGAUUUUUUGGUAUCAAAACCGACAAAGCUGCAAGUCAGGUCGUAAUUGCAAUGAGGGAUCUUUUUCAAGUGGUUUUUGAACUUAAGAAGAAAGAAAUCGAACUAGCAAAGCAGCAUAUUGAACAAACCACAAUAAAGUUUCACCCAAGUGGGAUUUUUGUAGAGCCAUCGCCAGAUACAAAGGGUGCGGCAGGUAGCGAGACUUCUCACCAUCGGACAAUAUCCGAAGUCGAGAAAUCUAUUGGGAAAAAGCACGAGUCACAAAGUGGAGUGGUUGCCGAUCUUUUGGACCUACAGUUUGAACUGAACUCGUUACAGCAGGGCAUUCGACAAAUGGACAAGAUAACGCCGGACAAUCCAAGGCCAACUGAGGAUCCAUUCGAUGCCGAUCCCUUUGGGGAUUCCUUCGCCAACAUGAAAGUGAAGGACAAUGUUCAACCAAUUCUACCGCCGCCGCCAUCUUCUAAAAAAAGUCAUCUCGAUCGACAGCAAUCUGUUCAGCAAACUUCAACUUCCUCUUCAUCUAGUCCAGUUACAACUGUAACUAGCAAGAGUCCACCUCCCUAUGGAUCAACCCAUUGGUUCGAUAAGGAAACCGAGGAUCUAUUCACGGAUGGAGAACUUUCUAAUUUGUCGCGAAAUCUCACGUACGAUAAGGACAAGGACAGUGACUCGAGUACACCGCGAAGUUAUUAUAAAAUUCAACAGGUCGAUGUCUUCACGGAACUCGAUCCUCUGGGAACGGGUUCAAAGAAGCCUUAUGUCGACAAAAAAGACUUUUUCCAACAUUUAAAAAAUCCCCCGAAAAAAGUUCUCAAAGAUUUAGCGACAACAAGUUCAAGUGACACAUUCCCAGCCGAUUUCAAAAUGUCAAACAUCAACGAACCUAUAGAACCAGUCAAAGUUCAAAAUUCAUCAUCAAAUUCCGACAAUUACGAUGACAAUAGUUUUGCAAAUUUCGAAAAAUUCAACGAAGAAGAAACAAGUCCCAGAACAAGUUCCCCAUUACUGAAGAAAGAAACAUCGCCUAGAAAUAAUUAUCAACCACUUUCAGUUUCCCUUCCACCCGAAGAGGAACGACAACAAAAAAAUUUCCCCUCCACGUCAAUUCUCACAAAAAUGGAUCGCGACUCCACUGAAUCAACACAAGGUUUAAUAAAACUUCCAAGUCCAAGAAAAUAUUUACAAUAUUCCCGAAAAGACUAUGGAAUGGACAGUAGAACUCAAUCGAUGGACAAAUCAUUUCCAAUCGAUUUUUCAGGCGCUGAUUCACCGGCUUCUCCUUUAAAAUCCUGUUCGUCGGAGGCAUCGAGGUUAUCGAAUUCCAGUGUCGAGAUGGAUGUUCCCGAACCUCCGCCUCGAGGUUCGGGGAGUAUUUUAAUAAAUCCUCCGCCACUCCCACCGAAGAAGCAAAGUUCCCGAGGAGUCAUCAAACCCCCACCGCGUCCCCCUUACAGCGAGGGACAUUUUCACUACGAUUUUCUCGAGCGCGAAGAAGCCUCACCAUCGCCGACCCGAAAGGAGCGGAAAAGUCCCACCAAGAGUCGUUUCGACGACAAUUUCAGUCCCCCAAUGCCACAAUUACCAAAAAGAUCCGAACAAUCAACACUCUCCGAUUCGAGUUUCGAGGAUUCGUUCAGUUCCAUAAUUCCCCCAUCGCUAUCGACUCUAUUCCAAACAACCAGCGGGAGUCAAGCAAAUUCCCCCAAUAAUGAUGAUAAUGUCAAAAAAGGAAAACCCCCGCUUUACAUCACUCUCAGUCAGUUGACCUCCUCAAAUCUCAGCGAAUUAGCCAACAGUCUCAAUAUGAGUAUCGACCAAUUGACAAAUUUAACUCUUCAACAACUCACUGAAUGUCUCGCCGAUUUAUCGGUCAAGGAGGCGAAGAACCAAAAGAUCCCGACGCCGGUCUCGGAGAAACCAUCAAAGACGACUAAAAUGGUCGAGACUGCUUUCAUUUCCGAACCGCUGUUCAAGGCCACUUUCGAGCAGGACUCUUUCGACAGUACUUUCGACAAGUACGCAGUUUUUCGGGAAUUACUCCAAACGGAUCAGGAGAAGAACGGAAAUUCUUCGAUCGACACUGAAAUUAGUGACGAAUUAAAGCAGGACGAUGCAAUCGAUAUUCUGAAACUGAAAAAUCUUACUGUUAAAUUACCGCCUGUGGGAGGUGAGAGAAAAGGACCCGAAACUCCAGAGGAUGAGGUUCGAUUUUCAGAGAGUGAAGCAUUUCGUGCGGAGAAGAAACUUUCGAGGGAUUCGUCGAGGGAUAGUGAGGAGGGUACCGAGUGGGGCAACGAACAAGCUUUCGAAAAAGGAACCGAAAGAAGCACCGUAAGAUGGACCGAAAGAUGGACCGGAAAAAACACCGAAAAAGGCACCGAAAGAGGCAUCGAAAGAGGAACCGAAAAAGGCACCGAAAGAGGAAUCGAAAAAGUUACCGAAAGAGGAAUCGAAAAAGGCACCGAAAGAGUAAACGAAAAAGGUACCGAAAGAAACAACGAGAGGGGAACCGAAAGAGAAACCGAAAGAGGAACCGAAAAAAGCACCGAGAGAGAUGUUACGUCCCAAAAAGAUGGACGAUACAGAGACAUCGUGAAAGACACCAAUGAGGAAGAGCAGAGGGCGAGGUACGCCGAGAGAAACUUAGAAAACAAAUUCGAAACGUCCGAUAAGGAAUCGUCGCCAAACGGAGGAAGCGGAGAAGGAAGCGGACCAGAGAAUUUGGAAACCCCCGACAAAAUCGAAAUCAAACAGUCGACCUCGACAUCGAGUGAUAGGUACGCGGCCCUCAGGGAAAUAAUCGACUCCUCCGAGCAAGCACCCCUGGAAAUCGAACUCGACUCAACGAAUUACAUCACUUCGCCCCUAAAAACCUCGGAGAUCAAAAUCUCCCCACCGGAAUUCAAAAGAUCGUCAAAAUCACCGUCAGAAUUUCGAAAAUCCCCAGGGGAAUUUAGACGAUCAUCGUCAGAGUUCAAAAAAUCACCUACUGAAUUCAAAAGACAAAAAUCAUCGUCUGAAUUCAGAAAAUCGCCUUCGGAUUUUAAGAGGUCUUCGCCGAUUAGAACAACGGAGAUUAAGAGUAGAACGACGGAGGUUGUGUCGCCGACUAGAACCACAGAGGUGAGAGAGUCGUUGAUUAGAACGACGGAGAUUAAGGCUAGAACCACGGAGGGGAAAGGUAGAACAACGGAGGUUAAGGCCAGAACGACGGAGGUUGCAGCAUCGCCGACUAGAGCGACGGAAGUGGACCUGAUGAGCCUCUUCAGUGACACGCCGCCUAAACUACCGCCGAAGAAUAAUCCAAAGAAGGUGAUGGACAUUUUCGAGGAGAUAAAAAUGCUGAAUGUCGAGACGCCGACACUGGUCAAUAAAACAAUGGCUUUCGAGGACAUAUUCUGUCCGCUCACGGAGACGAAGAAUCCAAAAGAGAAGGACGAGGAGAAUUGGGCGAAAUUCGAUUCUAAUGUUGUGUUUUCAGAGAAUCAUGGUUCGGUGGGUGGGACGUCGCCUUGGUCGCCGGAUGGAAAGGAAUUUUAUAAGGAGCCGCAGAGGCCGGCGCAAAGACACUCGGGGGAGAGUGAUAAUGAAUGGAAGGACGAGGAGGAGAGUGAGGAGAGUAAUGGAAGAUAUCGUGAGGGUUUCGGAAGGUAUCCGAUGUAUCCGGGCUAUGAAGAGGGUGGAUACUAUGAGGAAGGAGAGCAGGGCGAUAAGGAGAGAGGAAGUUUUCGGGAUAAAGUGGGAAAGAAGGUGAGAGGUGGGGGGGUGCCUUGGACUAAGCCGGGGCAUAGAGUUCAUGAGCAGCCGUGGCAUGAGGAUGCUCGAUGGGAGGAGGAGAGGAAGAGGCAUCUUCACAGGAAGAUUCCCUAUAAGGAUGAGGAGGAGUAUAAGGCGGCGUAUUGGAAGUGCAGACACAAACAGAGGCCUUGGAAUGGUGAGCGAGAGGGUUUUUGGCCACAUGACGAUCCUUAUUAUGGUGAGGAGCGGAAUAAGAGAAGACUGAUGCUGUGGAACGAGGAGCGAGACAGUAGGGAGAGAUUUAGUAGUCAGGAGAGUAUGGGUUAUGAGGAUGAGGAGAGAUGGUCGAGACGGGAGUAUGAGAGGAGGAGAUGGGAGGCUGAUGGGACAUUCUGUAGGGGUAUGUAUGGGAAGCAUGAACCUUAUUAUCCGAGGGAGGCGAGGCAUUAUGAUUAUCCACCGGCAUGGGAGGAGGAUUAUGUUCCUGAUCGGACGGAUGAUUCUCCAAGAUACGCCUCACGAAAGAGACACUGGCCAAAAAGACCAAACAGUGCAAACGACGGACGAAAUCAAGAAGUCUAUUGUGCAGGACCACCAAUAUAUUCAAUGUCAAGGUCAGAGUGCAGCGACAAUGAUUCCGAUCCAUAUCACAGACCUCACAGAUCAAGAAGUCGCGACAGUUACUGGGGCAGUGAUCAAGAAUUCGACAGUUGGGGCGAGCGUCCCUAUUGGUCAGAGGGUGCAGACGCAAAAAAUGAUUCAUUCCACAAGAGGCGCAUCAAUAGGCACAGAACGCGAGUCCAAGCGAUAUUAUCCCAAAAUUCACCAUUCGAGGACGACUUCACACAACCAAUGGAACGCAGUGAGCCAUCAGCCGAUUCCCUGAACACUGAAUCGCGAACACGCGUCGAAGUGAACAUCAAAAAAUCCCCAAGUCCAAAGAAUGUGAAAGAACCUGGAAAACAAGGAAAAAAUUACAAGUCAUCAAGUUACUUUGAAGACGAUCUCACACCAACAGCAAGUGCAUCGAGCGAUGCUUCCGAUCGUCCAAGACUUUCGUCCGAACUCAAAGCAACACCCGAGGAAUUACCAUCGGACAUUACAAAAGAAACAACAGACACAUUUCCCAAUGAUGAAACAAAUAGUAAUAGGGACAGUUUUUUCAAUGGCGAUCAACGUUUCGACGACGAUGCAUUCACAUUUCGUUCUGAAUUAGAAGAUCAAAUAUCCGAGGAGAAAUCAACAUUGAAGAAUUCACGAACAAAUAAAUAUACUAGUAACAAAAUAAAGAGUGACCAAUAUAUCAAAAAGUCUGAAUCAGUCAACAUUUUUGCACGUGAGAAUGAUCCAUUUGACGACGACGAAUUCUUCAACUGAUCCAAGGCCUCGGGUUCUAAGAAAAGAACUGGAUCUCCUCGAAUAACAUGGGAUCAGAGCACUUGCAUUUCUUAUUCGCGUCAAUCGCAAGGAACAUAAGCGCGGUGUUUCCAAAUUCGCGAAGAAUAUUUUUAUAUAAUAACAAUCGAGUAUAAUUAUUAUAUAGAAAACAAUUUUUUCUUUCCCCUAGAAUUUCAUUUUUUUUUUUUUUUAAUAAUAUACGUAUAAUGUAGUGAAAAAGUGUUUAAAAAAAAAGAAAACCCAAAAAAAGAGAAUAAUUCUCAAACGACUGACGGGUUUUAUUGUUUUAUUUAACCAGCAGAUACGCACUAACUUGUCAUUGUGUGUACGGACCCUGGAACCAAUUUCAAACAUAAAGUUAUUGCUUCCCUUGGAAAAUUUCUACUGCAACUUGUUUGGAGCGACUCGCUAAAUAUUUUCCAAGAGGAAAAAUUCAAAAAAACUUCAGGUGCUUAUUUCUAUUUUCAAUUUUUGAGCUUUUCAGAAACAAUUUUAAAAUUACU